GUGAACGCAAACUAGGCUUGCAGGAUGUGGGCGGGGUGAGUGCAUAUGAACUAAUGUAGCCAGAUCAAACAUCGACUAGAAACUUAGACACCUACUAAUAUCCUCAGGUCCUUCGAGGGUAAGGUCAAAUUAUCAUGGGUGCUACCUCCCAGGUGUUCAGGGUCAUCCAUGGCAGGAGCUUUGGUCGGAUGCUGGUGCCAGCCAUAACAUGCCAAAACUGCAGCCGGUCUCCUCAUCCAUGCGUCAAUGCGACUCAGCCACGCAGCUUUGAACAAAGAUGGCGAGGAUACAGGACCUCACCCACAUGGCACACCUACUACUUGACCCCACCUCAGGUUAACAGCAUUCUGAAAGCUAAUGAGUACAGCUUCAAAGUUCCUGAGUUUGAUGGCAAGAACCUCAGUUCAGUCAUGGGCUUUGACAGCAACCAACUACCAGCAAAUGCACCCAUUGAGGAUCGCCGAAGUGCAGCGACGUGCUUGCAGACCCGCGGAAUGCUUUACGGUGUAUUUGAUGGCCACGCGGGCUGCGCUUGUGCUCAGGCACUUAGCGAGCGCCUCUUCUAUUACAUAGCCAUUUCAUUACUGCCACACGAGACAUUAAUGGAGCUGGAGAACGCGAUAGAGAGCGGACGAGCUCUUCACCCGAUUCUGCAGUGGCACAAGCAUCCCAACGACUACUUCAGCAAGGAAGCUUCACGCCUCUACUUCUCCAGCUUGCGCACGUACUGGCAGGAACUGCUAGACCUGAGUGUUCCUGGGGAGCAGCCGGAAGUUGCUGAAGCUCUUGUGAGUGCCUUUAAAAGGUUGGACAAUGACAUAUCCCUUGAGGCGCAGGUUGGUGACCCAAAUGCGUUCUUGCACUACUGGGUGCUUCGUGUUGCAUUCUCAGGCGCUACUGCAUGUGUUGCACACAUUGAUGGGAACGAGCUGCACGUUGCCAACACUGGAGAUGGCCGUGCAGUCCUAGGUGUACAAGAACCUGAUGGCUCUUUUUCUGCCGUUACGCUCACCAACGACCACAGUGCACAGAAUGAAUCUGAGGUGAAGCGCGUACGCUCUGAGCACCCGCACUCUGAGGCCAAGACUGUGGUGAAGCAGGAUCGCCUGUUGGGGUUACUCAUGCCAUUUCGCGCCUUCGGAGAUGUUAAAUUCAAGUGGAGCAUUGAUCUGCAGCGUCGUGUUCUUGAGUCCGGACCGGACCAGCUCCAUGAGAAUGAGCACGCCAAGUUCAUCCCACCCAACUACCACACACCACCCUACCUUACUGCGGAACCAGAGGUGACGCGACACCGCCUUCGUCCACAGGAUCGUUUUCUGGUUCUAGGCUCGGAUGGGCUUUGGGAAACGCUACACAGGCAGGAGGUGGUGAGGAUUGUGGGUGAAUAUCUCACUGGAGUGCACCAGCAGCAGCCAGUCAGUGUUGGCGGCUAUAAGGUGACCUUGGGUCAGAUGCAGGGAUUGUUGCAGGAGAGGAAGGCUCGCAUCUCCUCCACCUUUGAGGACCAGAAUGCGGCUACGCAUCUGAUUCGGCAUGCGGUGGGGAGUAACGAGUUUGGAAUGGUGGACCAUGAGAGGUUGUCAAAGAUGUUAAGCUUGCCAGAGGAAUUAGCCCGCAUGUAUAGGGAUGAUAUCACAAUCAUUAUAGUGCAGUUUAACCCACACGUCAUUGGUGGACAGUAGAAGACUCUUUCUUCCUCAUGUUCUGUUACAUACAUAAUCAAUUCUAAACCUACGCACAAUCUCAUCACUUCAUUAUCAGUAAUAUCAGCACAGCACAAUGUUACCUAUACCAGUGGGGAAUGUAUUACUGUGAGUGUAUUUUUAUGUUCACAUAUUCAUGGCAGCUGCCUUUGAAAGGAAUUUUAAUGUUCAGUAGGUGAGUGAAGGUUAUAUGUGGAAAAAAUGCUGAGCUCACUGCAGACCUACUAUCACAGUUAAACUGUCAAAAUGCAACACAAAACCAUAAAUCAAGACUGGAAAGUUAAUAAUGUAGGUUUAGCAGAUUUUGCACUGAGGAGAGACUUUAUAUAGUAGUUGUAUUGUGCCAAAAUUUGCUUUUAUGUGGUAUGCUUUUAAUUUGUGAAUGAAUGGAAAAGGAAAGUAAAACAAAGGUCAUUUAAAAUGGCAAGUGAGAACAGAAAGCAAAACCGGUCCGGAUAUGUACUUUUUAAGUUGGAGAGCUCUGUAACUGAGAUAUGUUAAAUAAGAAGUUAGCUUAAAGGGACAGUAUGCCCAAAAAUAAAAUUCUGUCAUCGGCUCACCCUCAUGUAAUUUCAAACCUGUAUGACUUUUUGUGUUCAAAAACUAGACAUUUUUAAAAUGUCCCUGUGAGUGAAAGUCAGUGGGGCCCAGUCUUGUUUUGGACUAGGGCUGUCAAACGAUUAAUCACGAUUAAUCGCAUAGACAAUAAAAGUUUGUCUUUACAUAAAGUAUGUGUACUGUGUGUAUUUAUUAUGUAUAUAUAAAUACACACAGAUGCAUGUGUAUACAUUUCAGAAAUUUUUUUUAUUUUAAUUUAAGUAAGACAGAUUUUCAUUUUGCAUGCGAUUAAUCGGUUUGAAAUUCUUGUCAGAAAUUUUCACGUUAAAAUAAAUACAACCUCACGUUGUCAAUCGCUUUUACACGCUGCAAUUUAAAACCUUCCCCAUCAUUAAAAAAAAAUCAGGUUCAAUUUUCUGCAUUUUUCGCAUCUGAAAUACACAUACAAAAAUUUCUGACUCAGUGUGCAAAGACCUUAACUGUUUUUGUCCAAGAAAGCCAGUGGGGUCCAAAAUAUGGAGCUUUACUCAUAAUGCCUUUUUGUGCCCUACAGGUUUAGAAUGACAUAAGGGUAAGUAAAUGAUAACAGAAUGUUCAUUUUUGAGUUAACUAGCCCUUGUUGUUUUAUUUAGGUUCAAAUGAACCAAAUUAUUUGCUAAUGCCACUAAUCAGCCAGGGACAUGAAUACAGCAGUGAAUUGUUUUUUUUUUUCAAAA